UGCUCCAUGUUCCUGAAUGAAUUUACAGCCAGUGUUCCGCUGCUGGACGGAUGCGUCGCUUUCUUCCUUCCUUCCUUUACUUCUUUUUUUUAAAUUUUACACUCAAAUGCACGGGAUGACUCUCAUUAUGGACAUCGUAUGUUUUCUAUGGAUGCUGCCGUCGGUAUGGGCUGUAGAAGAGGUUCUGAUGGAUUCAACAACCGCAACAGCAGAACUUGGGUGGACCAUUUACCCAUCGCAAGGGUGGGAAGAAGUGAGUGGUUAUGACGAACAUGUGAAUACCAUCCGGACAUACCAGGUAUGCAAUGUUUUUGACAACAGCCAGAACAACUGGAUACGCACAAGGUACAUCCACCGCCGAGGUGCUCAGCGCAUCCAUGUCCAGAUGAAGUUUUCAGUGCGAGACUGCAGUUCUAUACCCAACGUUCCCGGUUCCUGCAAAGAGACCUUCAACCUUUAUUACUUUGAGUCUGACUCUGAUGUGGCCACUAAAGUUUUCCCUCCCUGGAUGGAGAACCCCUGGGUGAAAGUGGACACAAUAGCUGCGGACGAAAGCUUCUCUCAGGUUGAACUUGGUGGACGCAAAAUGAAGAUCAACAGUGAAGUUCGAAGUUUUGGACCUGUUUCACGCAAAGGAUUCUACUUGGCUUUCCAGGAUUACGGAGCCUGCAUGUCUGUUAUUGCUGUCAAGGUCUUCUACAGGAAAUGUCCUCGAGUAAUCCAGAAUGGGGCUGUGUUUCAUGAGACUUUGUCAGGAGCAGAGAGCACCUCUCUUGUGGCAGCCAGAGGAGUUUGUGUUCCCAAUGGGGAGGAGGUGGACGUGCCCAUCAAGCUGUACUGUAACGGAGAUGGAGAGUGGAUGGUUCCCAUUGGGCGCUGCAUGUGUAAGGCCGGGUACGAGGCGCUGGAGAAUGGGACAGUAUGCCAAGCAUGUGUGUCAGGCUUCUUCAAAGCUGCACAGGGAGAUGACAAAUGCCUGCAGUGUCCCAUAAACAGCCGAACCAUCAGCGAUGGAGCAACUACCUGCAUCUGUCGAAAUGGCUACUACCGCGCUGACUCGGACCCUCCCCAGAUGCCAUGCACCACUGUUCCUUCAGCACCACAAAGGGUCAUCUCAAUGGUGAAUGAAACUUCUGUGAAGCUGGAGUGGAGCCCACCAGUGGAGAGUGGAGGUCGUGAAGAUGUUGUCUACAACAUCAUCUGUAAAAGCUGUGACAACAGGCGGGGCAGCUGCACCCGCUGUGGAGACAACGUCCAGUUUGUUCCUCGGCAGCUUGGGCUGACGGACACCAGCGUCCACAUCAGUGACCUGCUGGCUCACACCCAGUACACCUUUGAAAUUCAAGUUGUUAAUGGAGUGUCUGACCAGAGUCCAUAUUCACCACAGUACACGUCUGCCAACAUCACCACUAACCAGGCUGCACCAUCAGCAGUGUCUAUCAUCCACCAAGUUAGCAGAACUCCUAGCAGCAUAACUUUGUCCUGGUCUCAGCCUGAUCAGCCUAAUGGUGUUAUCCUGGACUAUGAACUGCAGUAUUAUGAAAAGAACUUGGCUGAGUGGAACUCCACUCUAAUAAGGAGUCAAACCAACACAGCAGACAUACGAGGCUUAAAGCCUGGGACUAUCUACGUCUUUCAGGUCCGAGCUCGGACUGUCGCCGGAUUCGGAAGCUUCAGCGGCAAAAUGUACUUCCAAACUAUUACUACUGAAGAGUAUAAUUCCAGUAUCCAGGAGAAGCUACCACUCAUCAUUGGGUCUUCUGCAGCAGGAGUCGUCUUCAUCAUUGCCAUGACUGUUGUCAUAAUUGUUUGUCGCAGGAGGAGUUCAGACCGACCAGAAUCUGAGUAUUCCGACAAACUCCAACAUUACACCAGUGGCCACAUUUCCCCAGGAGUGAAAAUCUACAUCGAUCCCUUCACAUAUGAAGAUCCCAAUGAAGCUGUAAGAGAGUUUGCCAAAGAGAUUGACAUUUCCUGUGUCAAGAUAGAGCAGGUGAUUGGUGCAGGUGAGUUUGGGGAGGUAUGCAGUGGAAACCUCCAGCAGCCUGGGAAGAGAGAGAUGCUGGUGGCCAUUAAGACACUGAAGGCAGGCUACACUGAGCGUCAGAGACGGGACUUCCUGAGUGAGGCAUCCAUUAUGGGCCAGUUUGACCAUCCCAACAUCAUCCAUCUGGAGGGGGUUGUGACCAAGAGCAGUCCUGUGAUGAUUAUCACAGAGUUUAUGGAGAAUGGAUCCCUUGACUCCUUUCUGAGGCAAAAUGAUGGGCAGUUCACUGUGAUCCAGCUGGUGGGAUUGCUGCGUGGCAUUGCAGCAGGAAUGAAAUACCUUUGUGACAUGAACUACGUUCAUCGAGACCUGGCUGCUAGGAACAUCCUAGUGAACAGCAACCUGGUGUGUAAAGUGUCUGACUUCGGCCUGUCACGUUUCCUGGAGGACGAUACGUCUGACCCAACCUACACAAGCUCUCUGGGAGGAAAGAUUCCCAUUCGGUGGACUGCCCCUGAGGCCAUUCAGUACAGGAAGUUCACCUCCGCCAGUGACUGCUGGAGCUAUGGCAUAGUCAUGUGGGAAGUGAUGUCAUAUGGUGAAAGGCCCUACUGGGACAUGAGCAAUCAAGAUGUAAUCAAUGCCAUAGAGCAGGACUACAGGUUGCCAGCUCCAAUGGAUUGUCCAAGUGCUUUGCAUCAGCUGAUGCUAGACUGCUGGCAGAAAGACCGCAACAACCGGCCCAAAUUCAGUCAAACUGUCAGCACCCUUGAUAAGAUGAUUCGCAACCCCAACAGCCUCAAGACCACAACACCUCUGUCAUCAUGUGUUCACUUACCUCUGCUCGACCGUAGCACCCCAGACUUCACCUCUUUCAGCACAGUGGAUGAGUGGUUGGAGGCUAUAAAGAUGGGUCAAUACAAGGAGAACUUUGCCAACGAAGGCUUCAACAGCUUUGAUGUGGUGUCUCAAAUGACUAUGGAAGACAUCGUCAGGAUAGGAGUUACGCUGGCUGGCCACCAGAAGAAGAUCCUGAAUAGCAUCCAGUCCAUGAGGGCACACAUGAACCAGAUUACCUCAGUGGAGGUGUGAUUUUAUGGACCCGUCUACACGGGCUUUGUUUACUGUAGAAGGCCAGCAGCCUCCAGCACUGUAUCCUCCUGAACUUCUGAGGAGAGCUGGUAACAUUCAUCCAAACUGUGACCUCACCGUACCUCCCUCCAGACUCUACCCAGACGGGCCCAUCAGUCUGCAGCACGGAAACGUUGGAUAUUUGUUGGGGCAGCUGCUGUAUGUUCAGGUAACAGUUUAUUCAGAGGCUUAGAGACUGCAACCACUGAAAGGACGCCGUGAGAUGAUACACUCUGUUUCUAUUUACCAUGGCAUUACCUCCACCACCUGGUUCAUUUACUGACCAAGAAGAAAGUCAGUCUAAAUUUAUCCGGCAAUCUAUACAGCACAUUUAAAUUUGACUGAAUGAGAGCAAAGCUCCUUGGUGUGCAGUACUGUUUUCAGUUGAGCUUCAUUGACACAUGGGACCUUCUCCUCCAUGAUAGCUCAGUCCAACAAUGAUGUUGUCAAUGUUGGCUCAUUUUUAAGGGUGUAAUCCCUGAAAUAAUCACGUCUGACCUCACAUUCGGUGCUUUUGAUGGCAAACAGACUUAGAGGCCUUAAACACCAUGCUGACAAUCAGCUGGAGGGAACAUCUGGAUUGAUAAACGCUUAUAUCUUGGCUCCUCCGGGCCCUCUUUUUACUUUUUUCCAGACUUUUUAACUUGUUGAAUUGAUUGGGUCUGAUUGUUCAGAGACAAAGUCCCUGACUGUUGGUUUAGCAUAGUGAAUGAGUACAGUUUUAGGUUUUUGGGACAUGAACAUUUUUUUAUUUCAUGCGUGAUGCUUAAAUGCUGAAGGAACAGAAAUAUCUUAAAUUUUGAUGCGAUUCUUAACUCUUAGACACACCUGCCUAAAUGAGCCACAGCAAAACCAAAAGUGAAGAUAGAAGUUUGUAGAUCUUAUGCAAACCAAGUUCAGACAUAAUUUCUUUUUUUGUCUUCCCCAAACCAGCCUUGGAAAUUGCUUUCUGAUUCAAUACUCGCUAAGUUUAAGCAUGAAUCAAACCAAGUUUUUAAAACAAUGGACAAUUACACUGCAACAACUGCGUGGUUUUAAGGUUUUAUUUAGCAGGCAGCUAUUUAACAACACGCAGCUCCCAACAGGGAAGGGCACUUCAGUUAAAUUCAGCUUCCCUGAACACUUGGUUAAUUAAUUUGAGUCAAAACAGUCAUAUUCACAACCGUACCCAUUCAAAUGGUGUUCCGAACAAAUAGAUUUAGGUUAAUAAGUCAAAUGUUUCUAUAAGGCAGGGGUCUGCAACCUGCAGCUACAGAACCACUGUGGCUCUUAUAAAAGCAAAUAAGUAAUGUUUUUAAUUAUUAGGGCAAUAAGAAAGAGUGUGUUUCUUUUCACAUUUUUUAUGCAAUUUACAAUACAUUUAGCUACAUUUCCUUGGCUUUUAAAAUAAAACACUUCAUUUAGUACAUAUUUUUAAAAUCUAUGUUUUUUGCAGCUCUGGAUAAAUUUUAAUUUGUAGCAGCGGGAGCAAAAGUGGGUCUUUGAAUUGAAAUGGUUGCUGACCACUGAUCUAAGGAAACCAUUGAUUGCAUCAUCUCUGUGCUGCAGUGCAAUCCCUCAUCCUGAAAAAGCACAGGGUAACAGUGGAGAGGAAGAGCACUCCAACAGACCAGACUCUAGGAGAGGAUGGAUGACAGGAAUGGGUUACAGACAAACACGGAUACUCUUAGAGUAUCUCCCAAGAGAUCACUAACACAAAGUUAGUGACCAUAAGGUGAACAUUAACAUGAGAAAAAAAAAGGGAAUACAUAGAAAAUUGUCAAUCUGUCAGCAGUUUUGGCCUUUGGUAAAAUGACUAAAGGGACGGAUCGCCCGAACCAGCCCUAACUGUGAGCAUUUAUGCUUAGCUUUGUGCUUCAGUGGCGGUUCUUGCACGGAUUCAAACUCUACCCUCCUCCCUUACAGUUGGACAAAGAGUUGUGCUUUACUUGCAGUUCACUUUGACUAGCUCCAUGUAGUAACAAGUAUUAUGGCCUGCUAUGUUUGCCUGUUGUGGCUACAUGUUCUCUUUCUUGUGAUAGUUUCCAGUUUUGUAAACUCACACAGAAACAACCCUAUGAAUGGAUGUUUUCUGCAGCAAAGAGCAGUGAAGAUGGUGGCAGAUUAAUUUGUGCUUCACCAUAUAUGGGUAUAGUUUGAGCCUAUACUGUUCUCGUCAUGCUCAUUGGGUAUGUUCAAAAGAUUAAGGACUAAUAAUAAUUUGGUAUAUAAUCUUAAAUUGUAGGCUAGUUGAAAAAAAAUCAGUCAGCAGCAAUCAGAGGUGUCUAUGCAACAUGGGGGGCACCCACUCCCUAUUGCUUGAACAUGCAGAUAAGCGAUUUUAAAUAGAAGAUGGAGCUUGGUCAUUCAGGGUUUUGUGUGUAAGAGGAAGAAUCCUAAAUGUAACAUUGAUUCAGUGAAGAAAAGGUAAGAUUGCAGACAUACGAUCUGCUGUUUACCUCUCGUCAAACGCAUGGACUCGUUUUUCUGCAUCACUUUGCGACUGGAUUUUUGUUAUUUGGAAAGAAAUUGUGUAAAUAAGAACAAAAUCUGGAAAUCUGUUUUUAUGUAGGGGGUAAGGACAUGUCCUGGUCAAAAACAAUGUGAAGGCUGUUCAGUCUGAUACUGAAGCCAAUGUAAUGCUGUCCAGGGAAAAACAUUCACUAAAUAUGUCAUUUCUAAGUCAUUCAGCUCCAAUAACAGACAUUUAGUGGGAAAAAUUAGGAGCCAUUUAGCUUCCUUUAAAACCUACCACUUUACAAAUAAUGUUCACUAAACGUUUUAUUUGCAUAUGUACGAUAUACAAUGCAGCCCUCUCCCAUAUUCUUGUGUGAUUUAUGUCUGUUAAUUAUAAAAACUUUUGUUAAUGAGAACCUUGCUCUUGUGAUCACAUUAUGACCACCUCCCUAAAGGACCUCUGCGUGCUUCUCAUGUUGCAAAAGGAAAACAGGCCUUUUGUGCUUGCCAGUUAACGCCAUAAUGCAGUCUGCGAAUGUAGAAUGUGGUUCUGUAGGAGUCGGCCUACAUGGAUGAGAAAUUAAAUUAGCUGGUAGACGCUAGCCUAUGUUGUAAAAUUUGACAUUGUGAACUUUCAAGCUAUCUGUGUAGACAUAUUUCAUAAUUAGUACUCACCACUGAAAUGUUAUGCAAAGCAAUAGUGUUGGUGUUGCUCCAGACUAGUGUAUUGAGUCCAGAACAGCAGAACGGCGUAAGUACGAUGGCUGAAAGGUGCAAACGUGCUGCCAACACAUGAAUGAUGCAAACUCCAAAACACAAAAAAACAAUUCAGCAGAAAAAAACUGCAAAAAAAAAAUGCUGCAUACAUGAAAACAACAGCAAGUUAAAAAAGCUCCACAAAACAACGUGUACCAGACCACUAGAGAGGAGUCGACCACUAAUAUUACCGAUGUAAAUAUGCUGCUGUUCUAUAACAUUUUAAAAUAUCACGACCACUUGUUUCAAAAUUACAUGAAGGAAAGCAAACCUUUUCUUUCUUCCGUCCAAGGUUCUUCAGCGCAAUCCCUUUAAUAUCUUAAUAUCUUUACUGAGGCUCUGGUCCAACGUGACUUGGUGGUCGACUCCCCGUAGUGGUCGGCCGCUUUAAUGGAGCGAGCUUGCAGCUUUUUUAACUUAUUGUUGUUUUUGUAUUUGCGGCGUUUUUCUGUUGCUUUGAUUUCAUGUGUUUGUGUGUUUUGGAGUUUGCAUCAUUCAUGUGCGUUUCCGCCGUUUGUGGCGCAUUUAGCCGUUUGCGGCAUGUUUGCACCUGUCUGCCACCGUACACGUGGUAAUAAGCUUUGACUCACAAACAGACUUUCAUCUAUGAUCUGUCCAUCCUGCUUCAAACAAACCUUCAUUACAAAUGGCAGAGCUGUAGAUUUAUACCUCACAGACUGAAACUAUUUUCCUGGUUCUUGUAACCUCUAUCAUCAAAUAUCUUUUUUGGUCUCAGAUAUUUGGGAUGCUAAACCUCUUCCUUCUGAUGAAUUUGCACAAAUGUAUGAAAGAAU